CCUCAGUGUGUAAAGGAUGCUCACACGUCCAAGGGGACGAAAGAUCUCCGUGGUCGGCUGGCGCGAGGCCAGAAAACGGCAUCGCCGACAGCUUCUCGCCAGCUCGUCUAGGACCCUUAUCGGAAAUCCACUCAUAUUAUCUCCCUCUCUAUUGUACUUGGAAACCUACGCGCGCGUUUUCGUCAACUUUCAGUCUGCUGCAGCGUGCUGCGCUUGACCACGUGACUUGGCAAAGUUGCCUUGCGUUAUAGGCACCCUGCUUCUUGUUGGGAUACUUCACGUGAGUACAAUGCCUACAGACAUAUUCUUAUCUCUGUUAGGCCUUAGAGAGCAGUGGCUCAGUCGGAGGCAGAUGAGCAC